UAUUGUGUGUUGUGUGGUGUCAUGUCAUUUUGGAGUCGUGACGAAAAGUGAAAGUUUCGAAAUAUUGCUAGAUAGUUUCAAUUAUUUUUAACAUAAUUUUGGUGCCGCAUGGAUUGUUUUAAUCAUAAAAUUUAAUGUGGUCAAAACGCGUGCUGAUAGGAUCGAAAAAUGGCUCAUCAAGAAACCAAUGGGAUAUUAAAAAACAGAAAGGAGAAUGUUUAUCUUGAUAAAACAGACUUGAAAACUCAGGAUGAGACUAAAAAAAGUGAUGCUAAAGACACGUCUACGAACAGCCGGAUAAUCGCACUUGUGUUUUUAUCCUUAUUACUGGACUUGCUGGCGUUCACAAUGAUUUUGCCGCUGUUGCCGUCUUUGAUGGAUUAUUAUGAUAAAGAAGAAGGUCAUGGAAAUAGCUUAUAUUCGUCGCUUCUUCGAGCGGUGCAGGGUUUUCAAAGGCUGACUGGAGCUCCCGACCGCUUUGCUUCCGUUCUGUUUGGAGGCGCCUUAGGAUCUUUGUACAGUUUUCUACAAUUUCUAACUAGCCCUAUUGUGGGAAGUUUGUCAGAUGCAUAUGGUAGAAAGCCUAUGUUGUUGAUAUGUUUGACAGGCAUAGCUUUGUCCCAUGGGCUAUGGAGCAGAGCAAGUACAUUCAGUUUAUUUGUAUUGGCCCGUAUAAUCGGAGGUCUAAGCAAAGCCAAUGUGAGUCUGAGCAUGGCCAUAGUCACUGAUGCCUCAAAUGAAAAGACCAGAGCCAGAGGAAUGGCUCUUAUAGGUCUGGCAUUCUCUGUAGGGUUCAUUUUGGGCCCACUGGCCGGCGCUUGGUUCUCGAAAACAAGAGACGGGUCUUCCGGACCGUGGGGAGAGCGCCCCGCGUAUUACGCCUUGGGUUUGUCCCUGGCCAAUGUCGCGCUAGUCUCGUUUUGCAUACCUGAGACAUUAUCAAAAACUUUAUUUUUCCAGCAAAAAAGAGCACCUCUCUCAUUCACACUUUCUAAAACUGUGGACUAUGUAUCCCCAUGGCAUCUAUUAAAGUUUACGGCAGUCAAAAACCUAUCGCAACAUCAAAACAAAGUUCUGAACAAAUUGGGGCUCAUCUACUUCUUUUACUUGUUUCUUUAUUCGGGACUCGAGUUCACCAUAACAUUCCUAACUCACCAUACAUUUGGGUAUACUGCUAUGCAACAAGGGAAAAUGUUUUUAGUUAUAGGGGUCAUAAUGGCAUUGCUGCAAGGCGGAGCGGCCCGCAGGUUGGGGGCCGCUGGCGCCGAGAAGGCAGCGCGGGCCGCUUUAGCGCUGACUCCGCCCUCUUUCCUAUGCGUGGCGUUCGCGGCGCUCCCUAAGCCGCCAUUGCUAGCACCUGUCACCUGGCUGUGGCUGGGGCUUGUGCUGUUCGCGAUAUCCACGGCAUUCGCGGUAUCGUGCAUGACAUCAAUGGCGGCGGGGCAGGCGCCGGCAGAAGCGCGCGGCGCGGUGCUGGGCAGCCUGCGGUCACUUGGAGCGCUGGCCCGCGCCGCCGGACCCCUUAUUGCGGCCGCAGUGUACUGGUGUUCGGGAGCCGCUACCACUUAUACAAUAGGAUCAAUAAUUUUAAUCAUUCCAGCUGUGAUGAUCUUCAGACUGAAAACUUAAUAGCAGUUUACUGCAGUACCUCUUGCCAAGCAAUAAUUACAUUUAAGAAGUAUUCCAUUAUUUAUUGUUGUUUACAACUAUUUUCUAUCUUUUGUUAAUUUAUACGUAUUUUUUAAUUUUUAUUGA